ACAACAGGUGCACUUUACAGGUGAUGUACGGCUCCACCCUCUCUUCCAGUCACAGUCUUUUCCACUUUUCUAUUGUGAUACACUAGUCAUCUUCGAAGUGCACUGAGAUGUUGGCAACUCUUGAAAACAUUCAAUACUUCCAAGAUCUGGGCCCUAGAGAGCCGUCGUCUGGGAACCUGGAUCUUGACAUGAUAGAGGAGUACCUGCAGGAGCACUCGGUGGAGGUGAUGUCAGCACCAGGUGUGCAGAGGAGAAAUCAAGAGGAGCACAGUAUGGCAGAGAACAGCUGGUCUGGACAUUAUACAUAUGAAUGGCAUUAUGGUGGAGUACCAGUAACAGAUGAGACGCAUGAACAACAACAGCCUCAGCAGCAGCAGCAGCAGACAUGGCUCUGUCAGUCCAGUCACAAUGAGUGGGGACACUUCCAGUAUGACAGAAACCAGUACAGUGAUUCAGAUUCGCUGUCCACCAGUUCUGGUUGCCAAGAAUUUCCACCAUCUCCGACCUCUGACAUGAAGGGUCAGAUUGCGUAUGACUCCCUGGCUCUAGCACCACUCUCAGGUAAAAGGAAAGAGCGGCUGUUUCAGUUCUUGUACGAGAUGCUACAGACACCAGACAUGCGGAGCUGCAUUUGGUGGGUUCAGUCUAACAACGGAACGUUCCAGUUCUCGUCCCAGAACAAGGAAAGGCUGGCUGAGAUGUGGGGCAGACGCAAGGGCAACCGGAAAACCAUGACGUACCAGAAAAUGGCUCGUGCCCUACGAAACUAUUCGCGAACGGGAGAGAUCUGCAAAGUGAAGCGUAAACUCACCUAUCAGUUCACUGAAAGAACACUGAGAGGCCUUCAGAACAACUCGCAAAGAUUCAUGGGUAGUUAAUGUGGCUCGUCCACCAAGAAUUUCUCCUAACUGGGAAAGUGUAAACAAAUACUGAGUAUUUUGCAGAAAAUUGUUUUGCCUUUUUAAUGUUCAUAAUGUAAUGUGGGCAUAAAACACUGAUUUUCUAAUAUUAUUUGGCUUAAUUGAGGCUCAAUUGAACUUGGGAAUUGUAUGUACAAUAAUAUGGAAUAACAUGAAAUUCUAAGAAGUUGAUGGUGAUCUUUGAAUUAUAUAAAUCUGAGGAUUGUUAACCGCUACACUACGUUAUAUGUAGUUAUGAAUCCGUUUUGCUUGUUAUUGUGAUAAAACAUUUUUGUGCUCAUUUCAAUGACUUUGUAACAACAUUAAAAUGUUGACAUCUGAUGUGUCUGAAUAAAUUAAUUAAUUUUAA